CUCGCCCCCAUUCCGUGCCAAGCCCUGACCGCAGUCAUGUCGUCCUGGCGCGUCUUGGAGCUGUCCGAGCAGCCAGACGGCGAGCCCAUUCCACAGCUGCUCGUCAAGCCAGCCUUCAUGUCGGACUCCUACACAGUCCACCUCACGUGCUUGACCAACAUUUGGAGUGAACAGUUAGACCUGACCAGCAUCGUGGAUCGAGCUGUCGAGCAGCAAUCACCCAUCGAAGUCAGCAAACAGGAUACCGCGCAGCUCGCCAUCCUUCUCGACAAUGUCAAGAACUCCCUGGGCAGCUCAGAUGACGCCGAGUGCCGUCUCACUCGUGAAGGGAACGAUAACAUUACGCUACACACCGCCAUUCGCCUGCCUGCGCCACUCGACUCGUUGACCUGGAAGUUUCACCUGCAAAAGCGCACUUCGGUGACACUCAAGAACGAGCUGAUCCUCCCGCUGCUUGUAUCGUCACACAUCCAGUAUGAGCGAAUAAACGACCUGGUCACGACCAUCGAGAACAAGGACAAGGCCAUCACCCGGAUGGUCGAUCAGUUUGAGUCUAGCAAUCUGGAUCUUGCUGCAGCUUUCCCAAGCAUAGGAGGCUUGAAAACAGGCCGCAGAUUGAUCAAACGUGAACAAGCAGCCAGGCAUCUACCCGCGCUCAGACCCUUUCAACAUGCUGUUUGGAGGGAAGAGACAGCACAAUUGGCGGACUCAGACGUCACUACGCUAGGCUUGUUCCAGGAAGCGCUUGUGCAGUGCACACCAGACGUGCCCCUGAGCCUGGUAGCAGAGGAUGGUGUUGAAGAUUGGCUAUCUGCGGUACCAAGCCAACUGACUUACGCCAAACCCGCCAUCAAGAUCAGAACGAGAGAGCUUGCACCCGUCUUCCAACCACCGAAGCAUGGACACGAGUCAAGCCCUGUGGAUGACGACACUGAAGACGAGUUCGAGGUCCACGAGAACUUCAAGACACGAAACAUACCCAAGAAAUUCACCAAAGCGCCAGAGCCUAUGCCACCGUCAGCUCAGCGAAAUAGGGGCGCUGACGACGAGUAUUCUACAGAGGACGACAAAUGCCUGGACGCACCAUCGAGAAGCCAGAGUCAAAGUCGAACCCAUAGCCGUGCGCCACGUCAGACACGGCAACGCACCAAACCUCCCUCGCCGAAGGCGUCUGCAGAACCGGCAACAUCUCCACCACCAGUCAACAGAUCCAAGGGUAAAGGCUUUCGCAUAGGAGGGAAAGCGAAAAGGGAGACGCCAGAGACUCGGUCAAACGAGGAAAUUGUUCCACAGGAAUCGACUCGUGCUUCGAUGCCUCCGCCUUCGCAGGUGGACUCACAAGGCGAUGCAUCGCCCAAGAAGCCCAAGAAGCCGUUCAGAAUUGGAGGCAAGAGCAAAGCCAGUCAAGAAGCUGCCUCAUUGCAGCACGACAUCACAGCCUCAUCCAAAACAACCCGCGUUAGAGAUGUAAACUCGCCAACACCGAAGUCUUCGCCACCGCCCAUGCCACAAGAAGUUCAGAAGGAGGUGACGCCUGUGAAAGAAGUACACGAAGAGACGCCAGAAGAAAAAGCUGAGCGCAAGAGAGCGGAGCUCAAGCGUAGGAACGAGGAGAUUACUAAGAAGCAAGCACAGCACAAGAAGAAGAAGCGUUUCUAGAGCAUUGUGCAUCACAUGAGAUACCCCAUAACAGUACUUUGUGGAUCGAGAGCACACUGUAUGCUCUUUUGAUUUCGCUUGAACAGGUUGUUCGUGGUUGUCGUUUGCCCCUCCACCCGUACAGUAACAAGUCUGCACCACCAUAUCACAUUGCAACACGGCAGGAUCUAUGUCGGAUGAAAC